AUGGAAGCGGACGUACCCACCACCAGCGUUGGUUCUUCGGAUAACCCGAGCCCUGCAGGCGUCAAGAGGAAACGGAGGCCUCGAGCCCCGAUGGCGUGUGGGACCUGUCGGGCUCGCAAAGUAAAGUGCGACGGCUGCUCACCUUGCUCCAACUGUGUCCGCCAUGAGUUCUCAUGCUCGUACAAGGAGGGAGUAGGAGAUGUACCUAAGAAGAGGACUCACUCCUUUGAUUCCCCGGGACGGAUUCAACAACGCUUACAGCCGCAGCCCAUGACUAACUCACAGACUACCAUGCAUCAACCGCAGUCUAUGCUGCCAGAGAAUCUACACCCUUCCCCCGUCAGCCUCGAUGAGCCUAUCAAGCAUGAGCAACAACAACAACAACACCAACACCAACACCACUCAUCCCAGCCGAACGCGUCGGACCACAGGCAGCGCGACGACGACUCGUCCGUCUCGUCAGAGCAUGAUGUUGACGGCCUCGGCCAGGUCAACGAACACACCGAGGGGGCUGAGUUCUACGGCCCGACGGGUACCUUCUACUUCCUGGCCCGCCUGCGUUCUCGGGCCAAUACGCAGAAGCAGCCCGAGGCCGGCGCCUCCGGGCACAGGAAGCAGAGCUCCAUCGUCAACCUCCUGCACAGCUCCGACUACUCGACGCCCCCGGACUCGCGGAUCAUCGGCCAGAGCCAACAGAACAACCCGUACGGCAAGGGGAGCCCUCAGUACGGCGGCGGCGGCGGCGCAGGCUCCGCGAGGCGCGGCUCCUACCAAUAUCAGCAACAGCAGCAGCAGCAGAGCGCCGUCAGCCCGGGGGCAGCGGUCCUGAGCCCGGCGGACGCGUUUUUGGCGGCCGAGAUCGAGCGCGAGUGCGUCCGGCUCUAUUUCCAGAACCUGCACAACAUCCACCCGAUCCUCGAGCAGGCGUCGUUCCUCAAGCGGUGCGAGGAGGACAUCUGGUCGUCGUCGUCGUCGUCGUCGAGGCCGCCGGACGUUUCUCCCGCCUGUUCCCAGAUGCGCCGGGAGGGCCGGUUCCUCGCGCUGUACCACGUCGUCGUCGCCAUCGGGGCCAUCACGGCCGGGGAGACGUCGCUGCUGAUGGAGGACCACACCCGCGAGUUCCUCGACCGGACGGGGCAGAACGGCAAGGAAGAGGCGCUGUACCCCCCGAUUCGGCUGGCGAGGAGGUACUUUGAGAGGUCGAGGCUUCACCUGGAGGACAUUUGCGAGUCGAGCUCGCUGGAAACUGCGCAGACGCUGUUUCUCAUGCGGCAUGGCCAUCAGGACGGCGUCUGCCAUGGGGAUCCCGACCAAGAACGGAUCCGACACGAGCCCGGAGAGCUUGCUGUGGUGGUCACUCUAUUCUCACGAGAUCCCAGUGAAAUGUGCUUCUCGGCAGGUCGCCAGUCAGGCCUGCGCGCGCCGAAUUCCUACUCGAUCCCAUUCCCCAAGACUUCACACUUCCCCAACUCGGCCUACUGCCUCAUCAACCCCAUGGUAGAUCUGGCCAAGAUCCUCAUGUGGAUGACGGACAACCUCAGCCUGCACUGCAACCACAAGUCCCUGCAACGGCUCUCGCAGACGGCGCUCGACCUCGACCGCGAGCUGGACGACUGGAAGUCGGGCCUGCCGCGCCAGCUGCGCUUCGACCUGUCGUCCUUGGAGGACAGCGAGUUCGCCAUGAAGCAGAAGACCGUCCUCAAGCUACGCUUCUUGAACGCGCGGAUACUGCUUCACCGGCAGUUCAUCAUCUCCAAGGCGCUCGAGGCCGACAGAAACACGGUAUCCCGGCACGUCAAGUCGUGCGUCAACGCCGCCACGGACACCAUCCGGUUCAUGCAUACGAGCUACCUCCACCGGCCGUACUUCAGGACGUGGUGGUACAACUGCAUGUAUCUCCUAGACGCUUGCAUGGUCCUCCUCCACGUGCUCAUCUCCAACAUCUGCCCCUUCCCCGCCCAGGAGGUCAUGGAGGACAUCGAGCUGAGCCUCGACAUCUUCAAAGCCAUGAAGAUGCUCGCCGUCGCCCGGCGGUGCGCCGACAUCGUGCGCGAGCUGCUCAGCGUCGCCGCCAAGAUGCAUCGCCCGAGCCACUCACGGCAGAAUAGCACGACGACAACCACAACCACAGCCACAACGGCGGCGGCAGCUGAAACGGAGCCGGCGAUGAAGCUCCAGGACGGUAGCGGGGGCAUGCUCGCGCACGUAUCGCCCGGCUUCUUGUCAGAUGGGAUCGUGGGCAUGCAGCAUCAGCAUCAGCAUCAGCAGCAACAUCAUCACCAUCCCUUUGCCGGGGACGCCACCGACUUUGGCGACGCCAUGAUCCCGGGGGACUUUGACGCCAACCUGGUCGACCCCAACGUCGUGUGGAACUUUUUGAACUUUGAGCACUGGAACGCGUGGUCCGAUGCGGCUUUCAGAUAG